AGUGAGAUCAUGAGCGCAGUUGAAGAACGAGUGGCCGAGAAGAGGCAUUUGGAUGAGGAGUCUGAAAAUACCGAAAAUGGUGUCGUUCCGAACAAAGAAGCGAAAUUGGAAAACGGAAAAGAAGCGGUGAGUGAUAAUUUACUCACUAUUUUGUUUUGA